AUGGCUCUAUGUGGUGAGCAGCACUUGAGUCUGCAAAGAUUGGCACAAGGACAUCGCAGCGCCUUCAGGCACUCCAGACAAACACACCUGAUCACUCGAGCGGCUGGCAGCACAUUCGGCCACUCCUUCAGGGUGACAACGUUUGGAGAAUCCCAUGGCAAGGGCGUUGGCUGUGUGAUAGAUGGUGUGCCGCCGCGGCUGCCUAUCACCAAAGAGGAAAUACAGGCAGAGCUGGACAGGAGAAGGCCAGGACAGAGCCGCAUAACAACACCAAGGAAGGAGUCAGACACGUGCGAGAUCUACUCUGGUGUGUCAGAGGGCAUCACGCUGGGGACACCAAUUUGCAUCAUGGUCCCCAACACUGAUCAGAAGUCCCAGGACUACUCAGAGAUGUCUGUGGCAUACCGACCGUCCCACGCAGACGCAACCUAUGACAUGAAGUACGGCAUCAGAGCGGUGGCGGGCGGUGGCAGGUCGUCUGCGCGAGAGACGAUUGGACGUGUGGCCGCAGGGGCCAUAGCCAAGAAGCUCCUGCGCUUGAUCGCUGGCGUAGAGGUGCUGGCUUAUGUCAGCAGAGUGCGGGACGUGACAUCGAACGUGGACAAUGCCACCUUCACCCAGGAGCAGGUGGAGGCAAACGACGUACGCUGCCCCGAUGCAGAAGCCGCAAAGGCCAUGUACACAGCUAUUGACGAGGUGCGGCUGCGCGGGGACUCAUGCGGAGGGGAGGUGACCUGUGUGAUCCGGUCCUGCCCCAAGGGCCUCGGCUCUCCAGUCUUCUUUGACAAGCUGGAGGCGGAGCUCUGCAAAGCCCUCAUGUCCCUGCCAGCCUCCAAGGGCAUUGAGAUUGGCAGCGGCUUCUCGGGCUCGCGCAUGCUGGGGAGCGAGCACAACGACGAAUUCUACAUGGACGACGGCGAAGUCCGCACCCGAACCAACAGGUCGGGUGGCAUCCAGGGGGGCCUAUCCAACGGGGAGGACAUAGUGGCCAAGAUUGCAUUUAAGCCGACGUCGACGAUCUCGCGCAAGCAGAACACGGUCAGUCGCGAUGGCGAAGAGGUGGAGCUGAUCGCGCGAGGCCGCCACGAUCCCUGCGUCGUGCCCAGAGCUGUACCCAUGGUUGAGGCCAUGGCUGCGCUUGUAAUUGCCGACCAGCUGCUGCAGCAUUACGCACAGUGCGAGCUGCUUCCCCGGGACAGCGCAUGCAGCCCUGAUGUGUCAAUUGCUCGCCAGUUCCGCCAGCAUCUGGAGAGCAGCAGCGCCGUAGCCUCUCCAUGA